GGUGGGUGUGCCCAGCCUGCAGGGGUUAUGAAACCUCGCCGCCUGGCCCGCCCCCAAGCAGCUGGCAGGCUGCGGCAGACGGGGGAGCCCGCUGGGGAAGGACAGGGGGCGCAUUUGGGUGGAAGCUGCUGAGGCCGGAUGCUGAAGCCCAACAAACAAGCUCUCGCCUCGGGGCUGGAGCUGCCUAAGUGGACAGCGGUACCAAGCCAGGCUUCAGAUUAUGAAGUCCGGCAGUAUGAACCAGCUAAAUGGGUUGCCACUCCUAUUAAAUCAAUGGACUAUGAUUCAGCUAUCAGCACUGGCUUCAUGAAGCUCUUUAACUAUAUUCAGGGCAAGAAUGAGAAAGGGAUGAAGAUAGAGAUGACAGCUCCAGUAACAUGCCAUGUGGAACCUGGUGCAGGCCCAUUCUGCGAGUCCACUAUUACAGUCUCUUUUUAUAUACCAUCUGAUCAUCAAGCUGAUCCACCUAAGCCAUCAGAGUCAGAUAUUUUCAUUGAAAACAGACCAGAAAUGAUUGUAUUUGUCAGGUCUUUUGGAGGAUAUUCCAGUGCCACAAAGAACCAAGAAGAGCUACUGACACUAGCAGAAAGUUUGAAGCGGGAUGGGAAAGUGUUUGAUGAAAAGGUCUAUUAUACUGCUGGCUAUGACAGCCCUUUUAAAUUGCUUAAUAGACACAAUGAGGUGUGGCUUUUCAAGAGAAAUGGAAACCCCAGCAAUCAAGAAUAGGAAACAAAAUGCUUUCUUGAGAGACAGAAGUUCAGUUUAUUCAGACACUUUUUUUUUGCCUAGGAAUUGUAAGUAAUUUUUUUUAAGACAUCUAGACAGAUUAUAAUCUAUCAGAUUUCAAAUGUGCCUCUUCUAGAAUGACACUAUAAUAAUUUCCCCCAUUCUGUCAAUAGUAUGAGACUGGUCACACUUUCAGUUAGAGUAGAAAGCCAUGAAAUUUUCCCUGUUUUCACUUCACACCAUGUUCCCUAUUUCCCUCCCCUUAAAAUCCAUCUAGCACACACCUAGAGAGGUUGCUACAGCAUAACACAAGGAACUCUUCCUAUGUAUUCUGUGGCCACACUCUUUACUGCAGACCCUAUCUCUCACCACAGAGCUGGGCUCCACAAUAAGCUUUUAUUUAAAAAAAAAUAAAUCUGUAUCUGCAAUGACUGUGUAGAAAACAAGAACUUAGUGUCUUUGCAACCAGCAGGAAAACAACAACUGAGGUUUGAAUGGCCUCAGUCAUCUCAGUGGGUUAUUACCUCAAAGAUGACACUUUAAAUAUCAAUAUUAACUAUUUCAGUGCUAACAGAACUUUAGCACUAUCAUAGAAUCAUAGGACUGGAAGGGACCUUGAGAGGUCAUCUAGUCCAGUCCCCUGCCCGCCAGGCAGGCCCAAGUGUUAUCUAGUAGGCUGUUGACUGGAGCAGCGGAGUUUGAACUCUGACAGCAUAUAGUGUGCCAGCACUGGACUGACCGUUCGUUUUUAUAAACCUUAAUUUGUUGCUUAUGAUAGUUGCUGUAUUGGCAGCAGCAAGGACAGGAAGUCAUCUCGCCCCAGUGCAGGGCAAACUACUCUGUACUACCCUGCCAAUGCCUGACUAAUCCUACUGUCUAUUUAAUCCUGGACCUCUAUGCCAAGUCUGCCAGCAAGGAUGCCUGGUAUUGAGAAUUAUUGUGUUGGCACCUGUGAAUUGUGGAUGUUUCUUCACUGCAAGUUCAGCCAAGACCACUUACGCAUUUCUUGUUGGCCACUGAAUAGCCAUCAUAUGGUAACAGCUUUACACUUGCUAGAGUAUAGGAUAGUGAUACAACAUACCCACACCUUGAUAGUAAUAGUUUGCUUAUUUUUAGCCUCAAAGCCUCCAAUAUUUGCCUUUUGAAAUACAUUGUUUGCUUUAUGGUACUAGUCCAGGCACUUAUAUAUAAUAUACAUGUUAGUAUAUUCAAGUAAUAUCAAUUGUUACCUUUGCUUUUUACACUAGGACUGAUAUAUACUUUCAUGCUGACUACUGAUGCAUUGACUUUAAAAGCUUUUAUCCUUUGACUAUAUUAUCAGUCCAAAUUAGCAAAAGUACGCAAGGCAAUUCACCAUCCUUAAGUCAGCACAUUGUUGCAGUCUCCUGUUUUAGGAGAGCUGGUUAGGACUGGCUUUAGAAUCCAUCAAAGGUGCUUCUAAACUGACAUAAAAAGUAGCUGCAUGCAACUAGAAGCUCCCGCUAACCCUAGAAUCUUCAUGCUCUCACAUUUUAAAAAAUGAAUAUCUGUUCCAGAAGUUAAUUUCACUUAAAGUAAAAUAACAGAUAUUUUUGUUUAAAACCAUGCGUGUACAGGGUCCUUUCCAAGCAAAUUAGAUGCCUUAAAUUCUGCCCUGAGGAGUUUACAAUCUAUAUUAGACUGACAAUGAAGAGACCAUGGCAGAAAAAGGGAUUGGGCAGGAAACAACAGAAAAUAAUAGCAAAGGAUUGCUGCAGCUGCAUUAUUUUUUUUGCAGAGAGAAGAUCAGAUAAGCCUAUUUUGUUUCACUUCUUGUUUGCUAUACUUUUUUUUUCCAAUUUAAAUUUCUGAGUUUCCUGAGCUUUUUAGUGUUCCUAAAAUUGUUAUUGCCACAGACACUGUAAUGACAGGCUUUUAUUAAAAAAUAAUCUGAGGUAUAAAUUUUAGAUCUAAUUUAUAGGUACAUAUUUUUAAACCUAUAUCUUUUGCUGGAUUUAUUUUCCUAUCUUGGUUCUACAAUAGUUAGGAUUUCUGCUGUCUAAUACAGUUCUAAAGUCUGGUUCAAUAGGGUAUUAUAUUAGAGAGGAAAGGAACUGUAUGGUGGGAUAUUAUCUAUUCAGAUUGGAAUUUGCUGGUAAAGGCCCUGAUCUCCCACUGAAAUUAAUGGAAUUUUGCCAUUGAUUUCACUGGGGAUUGGCCCCAAAAGGUUGUUUGAAAAAAAGUCAUUGGAAUGUUCAUCAACAAAGUGCCUAAGUAAUUUGUGAGAAUGAAAUGUACUUAUUGCAUAAUGGAGUGCUAGAAAAUUGUUUACUCGCCUUCAGAGCAAUAAAUUACCUGACACUUCGACCUUUACCAUCAUCUUUGAUCAGCAUAUAUUAAUUCAGGUUCUUAACAUAAAGGGUGUCUAUGCUGAAAUUUGAUACCUGUGGCUUGCCCACGUCAACUGACUCAGCCUCAUGGGGCUUUUGCUCUCCGAGCUGACUUGGGGCUGUUUAAUUGUGAUGUAAGGUGUUUGGGCUGCAGUCCAAGCUCGGGGACCCUCCCACCUCACAGGGUUGUAGGGCGCAGGCUGCAGUCCAAGCCCAAACAUCUGCACUGCGAUUAAUCAGCCCCUUGCCUCAAGUCAGCUGGCACAGAUCCCAGAGUGGCCACUAUCAUGUUCCACACCUGGUAUCCUUUUUUAAGGUCCAGUAUGAUCUAGUGUUAAUAGUGCUCUUAAAAUGAUGGAACCAAGAGAUUUAUCCUGUUUGUCUCAGAAGAAUUUGCUGUAUUGACUAUGAAAUAAUACUGUUAAUUUUGGAUCAAAGUUAAGGUUGUAUGAUGAUGAAACAAGCGCUUUGUAAACAAAUAAGUUUUAUAAGUAUAAUGUGGGCAGACUAAGACAUAAAAUGCUCCAACUAGUCAAGUCUUUUGUAAGUGCUUCAGUUAUGUAAAAGGACUGAAUAGUUAAGUACAUUGCUACCCAGCAAACUUAAUUGGGUUUUAGUUAAAGUUUUGUGUUGUGCUUUAAUAAUCUUAUGUAAUUAGAUUGUUUUAAAAUUUGUAAAUAGAUGGGAUGGGGCACUAACUUACGUUAAAGUAGUAAGUGGCGGUCAUGCAAAAGAUGGCUCUGCAGAAGCUUGUAUUAAAUAAAGCAUACCAGAGAAGACAUGCAUGUUCACUACACAGUUAGGGGAUUCUGUCCAUGCGUAACCUAUCUUCACUCAAAACAGUGUUGAGGAGUACAAUCACCACCACCAGGAUAUCCCUCAUGUUGGUUCUGUGUGAGGUGCCAUUGAUGUCUGCUCAAUCCAUAUUUUUUCAGGUGGAAAAUCGGUGGAGCAUGGAAGGAUUAAGUUUUGCCCACUACUGUUGUCCUGAUGACACCAUAAAUGGCUACUCCAUAUAUUUUAGGGGUUUGGGAAGUGGUCCUCUAUCUAUAAAUCCAUGUGGGCUGGUGGUUAAAGGAAUUUGGAAAACUUACAAGGGUAAAACGUUAUCUAAACCGGAAAAGUUGCACCGGUUUAAUAAAUUGAUUUUAAAUCAGUCAAGCUAAACUGAUUUAAGGGAUGGUCAAACUGGUUUACGUGAAUCUACAUUAGAGGGUUUGCACUGGUUUAAUUAUUUAUUUAGUCAAACUGGAAUAGACAAGGCCUACAGUUGGGACUUGGCAGGAAAUCUUGCCUCUUUCAAGGAAGGGAAUUAGUUAUAUCUAUUCAUUAAGUUAGCAUGACUGGCAGCUUGAAGGGACUCUCACCCACUAAUUAUAAAAAAAUGGGCAGGUUGUGUCUGCCUUACAAGAGACAGACAUAUAAGCAGGCAGGGAAGAGGAGCUAAGUGACUUUCUUAUUCAUUUUAUCAUUAGAAAAAUGUAAACAACCAUCAUAUUUGCCUGCACUUCUCCUCCUUCAGAGAUUAGUCUAAAUUGUUUUGCCUCAAGCAAAAAAAAAGGUUGCUGCUAGUUAGUUUUGUCUUCACCUUACAGCUACGUGCAGGUUGCCAUGGAACGCAUUUUCCUAAUAGUGUCAAACUCUUUCCUUCCUCUCCUCCUCUGUAGCAGUUUCCAAGUCUGAGGUCUCCCUUCUAUCUGUUCCUAACCCCUCAAUGUGUCCUUUCAAUAUGUUCCUACAUCCAAAACUUCUUUUGAUUCUCUCCUUUAUUUCUAAUAGCUCUCUCUCCACCCUCCCCUUCCUUUGUGCUCUGAAGCAUGCUUUUGUUUCCCUCCCCUCCCUAUCUUGGGGGAGGAAGGUGGAGAAAAUUUGAUUCUACCUUCCCUCUAUCCAUAUACUGAGUGCAGUAUCUAGUCAGGCUGCAUCUACAUCCCUCUUCAACUUUAUCCUUGAUCUCCUCUCCUCCCAUCUAGCUUCUGCUCUUUCCUCUGCACUGAAACUGCCCUGCCCAAGGACACUAAUGACCUUCUCCUAGGUAAAUUCAUGGGUUCUGUCUCCAUCGUUCUUUCUGAACUAUCUGAUGCCUUUCACACUGUUUACCUUUCUUCCCUACUUUGUCCCCUCUUGGCUUCCCCAACUCUGUGCUCUGUGUCUUCCCACUUUCCUUUCUAUUUGUCUCCCUUAAAAUUCUAUCAUUGUCCACCUCUUUUCUCCCCAUGAUCUCAGCUGCUCUGAGUUUCAAGCCCCACUUUGAUACAUACAAGUCCCAAAUCUUCUCUACCUGAUUUUCCCCCUCCACACAUCAUCAUUGAAUAUCAAAUUGCCUAUAUAGCAUUUCAUUUCUCUGUCCCAUCACAAAUACACUCUUUCCAAAAGUGAACUUCCAUCCUCACUCCUCUCCAACACCUCCUUUCCAUGAUUAACAACUCUGCUAUCCUACCUGUGUCUCAAGUUCAUAACCAUGUCAUCUUUGACUUCUCUCUCCUCCCUGACUCAUCAUAUCUCAUCUCACUACAUCCUGUCAUUUCUUCUCUUUUAAUAUCACCAGAAUCUGCCCUUUCCUCUCUUCUAAAACUGAUUCCCAUGCCUUCACCAACUUUGGCCUUAACUACCUUUCUCCCUCUGGCCUCCUUGCUCUUCCCCCUGCAGUCCAGAAAAACCCUGCUGCUAAAAGAAUUUUCCUUUGCCACUUCUCUGACUGCAUCAUUCCUAUAAUCCACGCAUUGGCUUCCUGACUCUUACUGUAUUAAAUUCAAGCUUCUUGUCAUCAUCUUCAGGGUCAUGCAUUUACAUCUUGCUCUCAUUUCCCCCUCUUUUAUUCUCUGUUUUCCCUCAAUACUCUGUACUUCUUCACCUCUCCUGCCACUUUAGGCUCUGUGCCUUAUCUCACGCGCUCCCUAUGCUUGGAACAGUCUACACUCUUGUCUGUCAAACACAAUCUCCCCGCCUUCAAAUCCACAUAUUCCAGAAAUCCUUCCCUAACUUCUCAUAACCAAUAACCUCCACCUCCUUCUGAAUCUGAGCUACUGGCCCUUGAUUAGUCUUCAUCUUGUCUAGAUGGUAAGCUUAUUGGAGCAGAGGAUCCAUACUCUGUUUGAAAAGGAUCGUGUCAGUUUUGUAUAUGACCUCCCUGACAUUUUCUGCCCUGGGGCUGGAGUUCCCAGCCAGGCCCGCCCUCGCAGCUCCCAACCCCCAACCUGGUGGUGGGGGGGGACCCUGCAGCUGCCCAGACACGGCGGUCAGCAGGGACUCCCCACAGCUGUCUAGUUGCAGCCACGGCCAGCGGCUGGGAGACCUUGCAGCUGCCUGGGGCGAGAAAGUUGUAGCAAUAGAGCUAGAUCACCAAAAUCCUCCUAACGUAGACAGAGCUUAUACAGGCAAAAAUGUACUUUUGCUGGUGUAGCUUCUACCAGUUUGGUUAGUGAAAGAAAAUGCUAGCAUAGAUAUGUAAAAGAACCCACAUCCCUAAUCAACAUUACUAUGUGGACAAAAUUAGACUUGGCCUAAGAAUAUGCUGCCAAGGAGUAGUUGUGUAUAUAUCAGAAAAUUCAGUACAGAUCACUGACUGAGGAGGUAUAGUGAUUGAAGACAGAGAACAUCACCAGAUUCCAGAGGCACUACUUGGAAUAAAGAUGUCUAUAAUCUGAUUAGAACAUAUUUUACUAUAUAAGCCUUACACUGAAUGAAAUGUGUUCCUAUAACAACCACCUGAUUCAUUGAUUUCUGCCUUUUUUAGUUCCGAAUUAAAUACCUCCGAACAGUGGAAUUGCGUAUUUAAUCUCUUUUGAUAAAUCAUAUUGUAAUAUGUUAUUUUUGUUUGUCAAAAUGCAUUGCAAAUAUUUACUUUGUUGCAUAGGUAACUGAAGAAAAUCAAGUUUUUAAAACAGAAAAUGCUAAUAUUUGCAACACAAAGGAAUAAAAAGAGAAUAGGAAAAUCUGAAGGAUAAACUUAGCAUUGAAAUGGUUCUUUCUACUCAAGUCUUAGCCACGGAAAGAAGAGAGAUUACUGCAGUCACAUACGUUUCAGUUUCAAAAGGUCACAACCAACUCACUCAAACACAACACAACCAAAACAAGCCUCUGCCUUUCCAAGCCAUCCAAUCUAAUAAUAUAUGAGAGCUAUGGAUUACUAUUUGGGACAUCAGAACUGCCAUAUCAGAUUGGACCCAUGGUCCAUCUAGUCCAGUACCCUGUCUCUGACAGUGGCCAACACCAGAGGCUGAGAAGAAGGGGCAAGUAACCCAAUGAUGGGCAAUUAGUGAAUAAGCUCCCAUGGAGAAGUGUUUCCCCCACCUGUAUCACUUGAUGGUUGACUAAACCAUUUUUUAAAAAAAUCCUCAUACAUUUAAUUGGUUUGUCUCAUUAGCCAGAUGUUUUAAUUCUACUAAGCUCUUGGCCUCAGAUAACCUUUAGAACACAUUGCCACAAGGUAAUAAUGUGUGGUAUUAAUGUAGCUCCUUUUAACAGUUUUAAAUGCAUUGCCUUUCAUUUUCAUCAAAGGUGUCCCUUGUGCAUAGGGCACCCAUUUUACCUUCUCUGUAUCAUUCAUUAUUUUGUGUACCUAGUAGCUUUCAUUCAUCAUCUUUCUAAAUAGAACAGUCCAAGUCCUUUCAAUUUUUCUUAAUAUGGCAGGCUCUCCCCAUGCCUCUAACAUUUUUACUGUCCAUUUGAGAUAAUAUUCUAUCAUCACCGGUUUCUACACACACUACUGAUCUGCCAUUCCAUCCUCUUCCUGCUGCUUACAGCCCUGGAUUGUCACAUUGUUUUAUUCUAUUCUUACAAUACUCAGUAUUUCUUAUAUAAAUGCAAAAUCCAACUCAACCUUAACUAUGGAGCUGUUACUGAACACAGGGCUGGAAACCAGGAACUCCGAAGUUCUUAUUGGUAUACCAGAUGUACCAUUGAGUUGCUGGGUAGCUUGGGAACUUGUCUUAGAGCCUGAUCCUGCAACCACAGACCUGAAUAGACCACACUGAACUCAGUAUCUACAUAUAUUCACACACUUGAAGCAUCAGGCCCAUUAGUCUCCCAUCUGCAAAAUGGGACUAAUUACCUCCCUCUCAAGAUGGUGUUAUGAGAUUAGUUAACAUUUGUGUAGCCUUUUGAAAAUGUAAGUGCUACUUGUUACAUGAAAAUGUGGAGUUCUACAUAUAAUAUUUGAUUGGCAUAGGAAGAAAAACGAUAACCAUAUGUGAUUCCCCUUUAUUACAACUUUCAUUCAACAUGUAGUACUUGUGCGUUUUUGGGUUUUUUUGCAAUGCGUCUUUAUAGCUUUAAAUAGCUCAGAUCAGUAUUAACAAUUAUUUUAAAUGUUGGUUACCUUAA